AAUUCCAGAGUGCAGAGUCAGGAGUCACCCCUAAACAGCCAUCACCUGGUGUGGUCCCCAGCGCAAGCAAAAUCUCUGGUUCUCAGUUUGAUCCGCUGGGGCAGGCCGAGUCCAGCCCAGAGAGGCCCGGAUGUUGCCUUGAGAGCAAUCAAAUACCUCCCAGUCGGACUCAUUGCUUGCAGGUGUUGGCGUCGGGGUCAGAAACGGGUCACCGUUGUCUGCGUUUCUGGGUCACGCCCCGCGCCCGGCCUCCGCUGGGCGGUCGAAGGCUGGACGCCGGGCGCGAAGGUGCCCUGCCCUGACUAGUUUGUCCCGGCGGCGCCCCGUAGGCCGCGGCGCGGCGCGCCCGAGUCGGCCCGACCUCAUCGCCAUGGCUGCGGGUGGCGGCGUCGCCCCCUCCGCCGAGGGGCUGCGCUACGCCGAGUACGCGCCCCACUCGCCCCGACGCUCCGACGCGGACAUCGACCGGGGUCUGGCAAGAAGUUUGAUAGCUGUCGGACUGGGUGUCGCAACUCUUGCAUUUGCAGGUCGCUAUGCAUUUCAGGUUUGGAAACCUCUAGAACAAGUAAUCACAGAAACUGCAAAGAAGAUUUCAACUCCUAGUCUUUCAUCCUACUAUAAAGGAGGAUUUGAACAGAAAAUGAGUCGGCGAGAAGCUAGUCUUAUUUUGGGCAUAAGCCCAUCUGCUGGUAAGGCCAAGAUUAGAACAGCUCACAAGAGAAUCAUGAUUUUAAAUCAUCCAGAUAAAGGUGGAUCUCCUUACUUAGCAACCAAAAUAAAUGAAGCGAAAGACUUGUUAGAAUCAACCACCAAACAUUGAUCGAUGCUUAAGGACCACCCAAAAACAGGGGGAAAGGAUAACUUGACAAGAAAAAUCUUGCAAACGAAAUGACACCGUGCUUUUGUAAUUUUCAUAAUUGUACUGACCACAGUUCAUUUGUUCAUGACUAAACUACAUGAUAAUAAAGGAUCAAUAAUCUCUCUUUUUAAAUUAUUUUAAAGGCA